GAGAGGUCGGAGCCAAGAAAGGAGCAGAGCCGCGCCCUGUGGGCGCGCUGGCUGACGGCCUCGUGGAGGAGGCGGCGCGGGGCGCGACAGCGGACGGAGGGAUGCAGCCGUCUUCCUCGCGCCGGGGGGAGCUGCUGUUCGGGGAUCUCUGGGAAAUCAACGAGCGCGCCACCUGAAGAUCUCCAUGGCCAGCGCCGCGGAGCUCGGGGUACCUGCGCCUGCCCCCUGAUGGAAUGGCCGUGGCCGCACGCCGAGACGCGGAUGCCGCGGGCCGACCCGUACGCCGGUCGGACCAGCGCGGUGGCAUCGCCUGCCCCGCUCGGCUGGUACACGGCCAAGGGCUUGCCCCCUGUGAAUUCGAGUUCGAGUUCAUUUCCAGCUCAGCCGGCGGCAGCUGGUAAUCCGAGUCCGGCAAGAACCAGGAGCUCUCCGAUGAAUAAAAGCGCUUGCGGUGGGGGCAGCUGCUCCAACUCGAUUCGUUCGCCUCCCUCCCCAAUCCCCAGAUCCAAUCCAAGACACGCCAUCCAUGGCGGCGAAGGUGCUCCAGCUCCGUAGCUCCGACGGCAAGGUGCUCGUCGCUCCGGCGUGGGACUAUCGCCCGGCCGCCGCCCAAGCCCUCCCGCUGGAGAUGCGGGUGCCCUCGCGCGCCCUCCAGAGGGUGCUCCAGUACUGGACCAAGCACAGCCUUGCCAAGGCCACCGGUGAGUCCCGGGAGUCCCUCGCCCGCUGGGACGCCGACUUCCAGCGCCGUCUCCAGGAAGACGGCCUCGCCAAGGAGGCCGCCGCAGCCGCCCAAGAACUCCGCCGCUACGGCGUCCAUCAUGGAGGGCGUCCCCGUCGCCAUGCCGCCACGGGCGCAUCUGAUGUGGCUGCUCCUGCCAAGGCGGCACGUGCUGAUCCCAUCCGUGUCUGGUGUGUCAACCACGGAGAACGCAGCCAUGCGCCGGCGAUGCCCGGCUCCUUCGAUGCCACUGAUAUUGCCUCCGCCGCGCGCCCUGGGCCUGCCACCACCUUGCCGGCUGCUGCUGGUGCUGACCCCGUGGAUGCCCAUUGCGCGAUCCGUGCCCGUGGACGCCAGAUGGCUGAAGACGAGGAGCUCGCUUGCCACCACCGCAAGCGCCCGGCUUCCAAGGCUCCAAUCUGCCUGCCUGCCACCGCUGCUGCGCCUGUGAAGAAGGUCUCUCGUCAGGUCGCUUCCAAGGCUUGCUCUUUCGUCGGUUCUACACCACUGCUUGCCACUGCUGCUGCGCCCAGUGUGCAACCGAAGCCGCCGAUCAGCAUGCGCCAACUGAUCGAGAAGGCUCGCCUCACCAUGGCUCUCCUCGACAAGGCUCGCUCUGCCUCCAAAGAAGAGGCCAGCCGUCGGCGCGACAUCGAGCGCAGCCGAGCGGAGGCCCGGCGAAAGGUGGAGCAGAUGGCGGACACCGUGCAGUUCAACGACCCCUGGAUCCAUUACUCCGACGUGACCAAGUCCCCUGAGGAGCUGCUCCAAGCACGACAGCAAGCAUGGCGUUAUCAAGCUCACCUCCUCGAGAUGGCUCGUCGACGGGACUUUGCUCAAGCGAUGCAAAUCCACGGGUGAUGGAAGCAGAGCAAGAAAUCAUCAGCAGUGCAAGCUUCUUGGUGGUAGUCUUACAUCAGAGGAGAAGAGUCGGCAGUGAGAAAAGCAGAGCAAGGAAGCAACCAAUUCCUUGGCUGCGUCCAGUGGUAUUACGCCUUCCCUAGUCUUUUAGUUGCUUCCUAAACCAUGCACACAUGAGUUUCAUUUAACCUUUGCAUCUCUAGGUUCUGCACUUAAUCACCAAGAUUUCUAGUGUUCUUUGAAUCCCUUUCAGUCAUUACUGAUUUUACAAGGGUGUCAGCAGAGUCUCCAUCUAGCUAGGCAGCAAAAAUCAUGCUAAGAUGUGUACGGCAUAGUUACACUACAUCCAUACCUGGUCCUAAGUUAAGGGUUUAAGUAAAUAAAGGGCAUUUUCAAUAAAUCAAAGUAAAGCAGAUGAGCCUAAAAAGGAAACUCAUGUACUGCAAUUACGGCACCUCGCCGCAAAAUCCAAAACGCCCGUUUGCUACCCGGCUUGUAGCAGGAAAAAGGAGUAGAAUUGAACUUGUCGAUACACACGUAAUCUUGUGAGCUGCCUAGCGUUUGGAGACUGUGCUGACUCUCUUGUAAACUUAAUCUUGGCUGAAUUGGAUUCUUAGGCAUUGGGUGUCUUGGUGAGUUAAAGUUGCAGUUUCCGACAAGUAACAUUGGUUAGUGAACUCUUGUGUGUGUGCAGGUGAAGCUUUGUGCUAAGCAAGUCCUCAAUGUACCGACUAUCAAGUCAUAUUGUAAUCAAUAUCAGAUAUUAAUGAAAAUUUGUUGGCCUGAA